GUUCCCCCAUCCCACAUCUGGGCUGGAGCCUGUUUACUGGGAGGCUGCAAUUAGAAGGCUUCUUGAAAUGGCAUAAAGUGAUUCCCUGAAUGCUCCUGCAUCUCUAUCUCAGCAAGGGAAAUGAGGCCCUGUGUUCCCACUCUCUUUACGCUGCUGUUGGUCUCCUCUGUUGGAGUCUAUGGACAAGAUGAAGAAGAAGAAGAAGAAGAAAAUGAUAAUUGGUCAGACAGUAUACUGGAGGACAUGAAACCAACCUCUAAAUCACUGCAUUGUCCCAAGGCUUGUACCUGCACGCAGGAAGGGGUAGUCGACUGUGCUGGAGUGGAUCUGAAGGAGUUUCCAAUGGACCUCCCGGAAUUUACAAACCACCUAUCUCUGCAGAAUAACCAGAUACAAGAGAUUCCACCUGAGGAUCUGACCAGACUUUACAAAUUAGAGACCCUCAAUUUGCAGAACAAUCGCCUUACUUCUAGAGGAAUCCCUGAUGACAUGUUUGAACAGCUGGAAAAUCUUAGUUACCUCUACCUAGCCAACAACAAGCUAACUCUGGCACCCCGCUUCCUCCCAAACACACUGAUGAGUGCGGACUUUGCAGCCAAUUAUAUAACUAAAAUCUACGGAAUGACUUUUGGCUAUAAACCUAAUCUACGGUCCGUAUAUCUGCACAACAAUAAACUGACAGACGCGGGUCUACCCGACAAUAUGUUCAACCAAUCAAACAACGUGGAGAUCCUUAUCAUGUCCAGUAACUUCCUGAAGUACGUUCCCAGGAACCUGCCCCUGGCAUUAUACAAACUGCACCUGAAGAACAAUAAGCUGGAAAUUAUUCCAGAAGGAGCAUUCAGUCAUCUUUUUGGUUUGCGUGAGCUUUACCUGCAACACAAUCUUCUAACAAAUGAUGGGAUGAACAAUGAGACAUUUGGGAAGCUGAACAGACUGGAGUACUUAGACCUAUCGAGCAAUAGCCUGACACACAUUCCCAGCGGGCUACCCCGUAACAUUGUCCUACUUCAUUUGGAAAAAAAUAACAUUCGAUCUAUAGCAGAAGAUGUUUUAACGCAAAUUAAAAACCUGGAGUAUCUUUUGCUCCACAACAACAGGCUGAGGGCUCGCGGCAUCCAUCCAUCAGCCUUCCUGGGGUUAAAGAAGUUGCACACUCUUCACAUGUACAACAACUUGCUGGAGAAGGUACCCGCAGGACUUCCUCGCAGGGUGAAGACACUGAUGCUCCUUCACAACCAAAUCACUGGCCUCUCCAAGGACGACUUUAACUCAACUUAUAUUAUUGAGGACCUGAAUCUGAGCUAUAACAAGAUCAUGAGUAGCUCAGUACACAAGGAUGCUUUCCGUAAACUUAGGCUCCUAAAAACGUUGGACAUGUCAGGCAAUAAAUUAAAAUCUCUUCCUCAUGGGCUCCCGAAAAACUUGGAGAUCCUUAAAUUAAAAGAAAAUGAAAUAGGCUCCAUACCGCAAGAUACGCUGGCUGGGAUGUCAAAGCUGAAGGAACUGUACUUAAGUUUUAAUAAACUUAAGAUUGGCUCUAUUUACACAGGGGCCUGGGCAGAGCUCAGCAGUCUCCAGCUGCUUGAUUUGUCAACGAAUCAGCUGUCUUAUGUCCCACCUGACCUGCCUGAGACCCUUGAGUACCUGUACCUACAGAGCAACAGGAUUAUCACAUUGUCUGACAGUGCUUUUGAAUCCACCCCUAAUAUAAAAGGGAUCUUCCUCAGGUUCAACCUGCUAACCCCUGAGACUAUAAAAGAAAGUGCUUUCCAUGGACUGGAUCAAUUGCAGGUUCUGGACAUUGAAAGUAAUUUAGCUUUACCAAAGGUCACCAAGCAGAAAAAGGAAAAAGAAACAGAAGAGGAAGAGGAAGACAGAAAGAGAUAAAACCUGUAUUUCAUGUACCUGCCCAGUGAACAGAUGAAGACUUUCAUCAUACAACAGCAUGCUCAUUCUAAUGACACCCUCUUGCCUUCAUUAGUGUGCACAGUGGUUGCCCCCAGGUCAUUCAUAAAGAGGGACGAUCAGAAUGAAUCUGCAUAAGGAAUGUGAUCUUUAUGGACCUUGCAAAAGCUGGCUUUUGUUAUAUUUUUAUAUUAUAUUACACGAUAAUGAGUAAAUCUGUAGACGAGGUGAUCUUCCAGUCUGCAAAAACAAGUGCUUUUCAUUUCAGAUAUGAUAUUUCAUGGUAGAGAUCUAUCAUUUCCCAGCAGGUACAUCUGCUAUAAAUUAUUUUUAGAGUUAUUUUGCCUCUAACAGUGAUCGGUCAGAAAAA